AUGAAUCAGUCAAUAACUAAUCCCAGUUGUAUCAACACUGGAGAUACUACAUGGGUAUUAGUUUCAUCAAUUUCUGUAUUAUCUAUGAUGCCGGCACUUGCAUUUUUUGAAGCUGGCUUAUUGAAAAUUACAAAUACAGUUUCUCUAGUUACACAAAUUAUUGGUGGAGCAUCUAUCUUAUCGGUCAUGUGGCAUUUGGUCGGUUUUACAUUAGUUUUUGGACGGACAUGGUUAGGAGUAAUUGGAAACUUUGACCACAUAUUAAUGCUAGGUGUACCAUAUGAUGAUUGUGCAAAACAGGCACCACAUAUACCGGCUGCUCUCUAUGCAUUUUUUCAAAUGAUGUUUGCAAGUAUUACACCACUUCUAAUGACAGGUGCAUUUGUUGAACGACUCAAAUUCAAAGCUUUCAUAAUAUUGAUUAUUACUUGGGAAAUUUUGAUUUACUAUCCUGUUGCUCAUUGGAUUUGGGGAGAUGGCUGGUUAAAGACCUUUUUCGGAGUACAAGACUUUGCUGGAGGAUUAGUGGUGCAUACAACAUCGGGUGUUUCAGCUGUGGUUUGUGCACUUGUGUUGGGACACAGACGAAAUUUUGAUCUGUACAAUGGUGAAUUUCCACCUUCGAAUUUACCAUUAGCUGCACUCGGAGGAGCACUUCUUUGGACAGCUUGGUUUGGAUUCAAUGGAGGAAGUGCCCUGACGAGUGGUUCAUUAGCUAUAUCAACAGUUGUUGCCACUCAACGUGCUGCCAUAUGUAGUGGUAUAGUAUGGUUGAUUAUUUCUUGGAUAAGACAUAAACCAUCAGCUGUUGCUGUACUGAAUGGUGUCAUUGCUGGACUGGCUGGCGUUACACCUGCAUCUGGUUUUAUUGAUCCGCAAUAUGGAGCUCUGCUUGGUGUCAUUCUCGGUUUGACAUCUUAUUUGAGUGUUAUAUUAUUUAAACAUAUACUACGAAUUGAUGACGCUCUUGAUGUUUCAAGUGUACAUGGUGUCACAGGUAUUGUUGGUUCAAUUGCAAUUGGUUUCUUUGGAGAGAAAGCAUUCAAUAAAAAUGGUGCGGAUGGUUUGUUCUUUGGAAAUCAUAGUGCUCGUCAACUCGGAGUUCAAAUAUUGGCUGUGAUUAUCACGGGUCUUUGGUCGGCAUUGGUCACAUUUCUUUUACUGAACAUUAUUGAUCGUAUUGUUGGAUUGAAAGUUGAACCCGAAGAAGGAUUGGACUUUGAUGAGCAAGAACACGGCGAAAAAGCUUACAUCUGGAGACAUAUUAGUGACGCUGAUGCUUUGACAAAAGAUGAAAUACAAGCAAUAAUUCAUGGUUCAAUUAAAGACUAUAUCCGAUCACAAGAAGGACUAGGCUCACUUAACUCUAGUAAUGAUAUUCCAUUGCAACCUCGUUCAUAUUCAACUAUAAAUGAGAAAUAG